GUCUUUCCAUUGUAUAGUUGAUACAAGUAGUUGUCUAUACAUAUCUAAGGAUGGGGUGUAUGAUUGGUGUUGUAUUUGUUUUUGUAACCUUAUUGUCAUGGUUUUCACCAGAUGUUUCUGCAUGUUCCUGCUUUCCUACACAUCCACAAACCAUAUUCUGUCAAAAUUCAUUUGCAUUAGUUGGAGUAAUUUUGAAACGGACACCAACAGGUCAAAAAAAUAUUAAAUACACAGUGCGAGUCGUAAAAAGAAUAAAAGGAAAUAUUGGUAAGGUUGGCUCCGAAUUUGAAUUUAAAACACCCUCAACCGGAGCAUCAUGUGGAGUGUCAUAUACUAUCGGAACAAUGCAGUUCCUCAUGGGGAGAUCGCAAUCGAACGGAAACACAAUCAAAAUUUGCAACAUGUUUUUUCCAAAGACAUUUGAAAACUGGGUUUAUCUCCUUACAAGAGGAAGAAACUCGUACAUUCAAAAUUGUAAAUGCAAGGUUCUGGAAGAGGGUGAUGCAUCAUCGCCAAUGAGUUGUAGAUUGUCAAACAAUUCAAAAUCUUGUUUCCUUAAGACCGCCAUAUGCAGAAGAAAACAAGGAGGCAAGUGUGAAUGGAAAAAUGAUGAACAAUGUUCAUAGCUGAUCAAUUAAUGUUAAUGGUCGGUCGUUUUUUUGUUGUUGGUAUUUUUAGUUUUUAGAUUAAAAAAAAUAUGAAUAAAGAAACAUAGAUAUACAGUUGUUGGUAGACAUGGUAUAUACGAUCAAUUAACAUUCGGGUUAGGAUUUCUAAUUGCAUUUAUAUUUUCUGUAUUUAACAUUCGUUGUACUAUCAUUUUGUGUUAUUUGUUUUGUUUUUUAUCGCUUGUUAAAUUAAUAAAAUGUUACGUACAUGUA